AUGGCGUCCAAGCCAGAGUCACGUAUAGUGCGCGGAGCAACCUCCAAAAAGAAAGUCAAUGCAGAGCAAGCUGCCGUCCAUCAAAAGGCUGGCCAGGUCGCAUACAAAAAGGGUAAUCUUCAAGGCGCCAUCGACUCCUUCACCCAGGCAUUGGCAGAAAACCCUGAAGAUGUUGGGAUCUUGGACAACCGCGCGGCUACCUAUUGCAGCCUGAAGCAAUAUAGCCAAGCUCGUGCUGAUUCCCGAAACAUGAUCAAGCUUGCACCUGACGAAGAUCGUGGAUAUCUACGUCUGGCAAAGGUCUUAUGCCUUGAUGGGAAUUUCGAUAAAGCCCGCGACAUAUACGAGUACGCUCUCCAAAAACUUCCUGCCGAACACAAAGGCCGUGAUGUCAUUUCUCAGCUCCUAAAAAGGCUUCGUGAUAAACUUGCUGGAGGUAAUCGCCGUGACCCAUUCACAGCCCUGCCCCUUGAGAUUGCCCAUCUGACCUUGCGUCUUCUCACAUUCAAACAACUAGCGGCAAUUCUGCGCGUUUCGAAAGGAUGGAACAAGUUUUUAGGGGGUCUUCCGAGUUUGUGGAUGUCGAUUGAUCUCACAGGAGCCAGAUCUCGCGUCCCUUGGACGUCUGUUCGAAACUACAUUCAUCGAUCGCGGGUCGAACUGACCCGCGCGACAAUUUCGAACCUUGUUCCGGCCUCCACUCCGAAAGUGCUUGACAUGCUGAGCAGGUGUCCCAAGCUUGAACAUCUAGAGCUGAUGGUCGCCCAUGAACAGCCCAAAGAAUUCUAUGCUAAAAUUAAAGCGUUCCGGCAUCUGAAAAGCAUUACUUGCGGGCCGGAAAUAAAAUUGUCUCAUGCUUCCAUUGGAAGCAUUAUCUCCAGUCUUCCUCGGCUGGAGAGUGCCACAUUCCUUCAGGCCUGGGAUGCGCCUUCCAGGGCACCACGAGCUGUAACAUGGCCUCAACGUCUUCCACAUAUGAAGAGUCUUACCAUUGCAUCUUCCCAGGAAGAUCGGACCGGCCUCGCAUUCCCGGUGAUCGUUCCUGGCCUUGGAUCGUCAGCAUUUCCUAACCUAGAAGAGCUACGCCUACUGUGGGAACCGGCUCGAUCACGAUCCUACCGAUUUGACCCAGUUCAGGACGGCGAAACCCUCCCACCAUUGCGCGUACUAGAUUUACGAGGCGCUGCAGUUCAACAUAACUUCUAUUCAAUCCUCCCAAGCACCCUCCGAACACUUCGUUUCUACUCGGGAUCCAUCGAAACCCCCGCCGCGGGAGGAUUUGGUGGCAAUUUCCUCACACCGGCUGAGAACAAGCUUCCAAAGAUGAGUACUCUCGUCUUCAAUGACACACCUUGGGUCAAUAUCGAUACUCUUUCACUCUUCCUGCUACACUCAAAAGCCUCACUGCGAACUCUGCAGGUCAGCUUUUGUCAUAAUAUUAAUGCUCGCGACUUCCUCAACCUUCUUUACGACCCGCAACGGAUGAACCCUGAGCUGGCAAAUAUCACUGAACUGGGUGUUGCUUGCAUGGCAGACAUUGAUGAUAUUGGUGUUGGUCAUUUGUGGGCAACACUGCCAAAGCUCAAAGUACUCGAUCUAUCGCAGACUAAGAUCACAGGGUGCACGAUCCGUAUGUUUGCAGAUGCGCAGGGCGAUGACCAAACGACGAUCAAACUUGAAUCUCUCAUAAUAAAGGGGUGUGAUGGUGUUUCUCGUGAUGCAAUUGACUAUGGACGAAGCAUGGGGAUCAAUGUUAUCACUUGA